AUGUCGUCCACCAGCGACCUCCCUUUGGCGCUCUCGAUCGACUUCAGCAAGGCCGACUCGGUCAUCUCGCUCAAGUUGUUCGAUCACGACCCAGUCCAGAAGAAGGCGAUCCCGCUCGAGCUCAAGUUCAAGUAUGACGUCUCGACCCCUUACGCCCCGAUCCAUGAGAUCGUCGGCGAUCGCAACCAGCGCAUCAAGGAGGUCAGUUGCGCCGACGAAAUCGCUGCUUACGCCUUCCUUCCGGCAAGACUCUGGGAGCUCACCUUGGCUUUGCACCAUUGCAUUUGUCUCGUAACCGACAGCACUACUGGGACUUGUGGUCGCUGGAUGCCUCGGCCACGCAAGGCAUGUCGCAGCUCUCCAUCUCGGACGAGUUCCACGGCGAGACCGUCACCAUCAACGAGGAUGACAUCGAAGCCUUCUGCCGCGUCGUCGGUAACGAGGGCGAGGCCUACAAGCGCAGCCACAAGAAGGGCAUGCAAGUCCCCAUGGACUUCGCCAUCAAGUUGGGAUGGAAGGUAGAUUCUACCGCACUGACCGGGCGUCGGGGUGCGGGAAUCGCUUACUGACCGUUUCCUCUCGCUCACUGCUACAGUCCAUCAUGAAGCCCAUCUUCCCCUCGUCGAUCGAUGGUGACUUGCUCAAGCUCGUCCACCUUUCCAACGGCUUCCGAGUCCUCCCCGGCGCCCCUGCGCUCGUUCCCGGCGACACCGUCACCUCGACCUCGCGCAUCGAGUCCGUCACCAACUCGGAUUCGGGCAAGACCGUCUCCGUCAAGGGUACCGUCUACCUCGUCUCGUCGGCGGCCAACAAGGACAAGGCCACGACCGAGGAGCGUGUACCCGUACUCGAGGUCACGAGUUCGUUCUUGUACCGCGGCACCUUCACCGACUACGCCCAGACGUUCUCGUGCAUCGAGUCCCCCGUCUACAAGGUCUCGCUGCCCACCUCCGAGUCGGUCGCCGUCCUCCAAUCCAAGGAAUGGUUCCAGUGGGAGAACGACGCCCAACCGCUCGAGAAGGAUGCCAAGCUCGAGUUCCGCGUCGAGUCGCGCUACGUCUACGCCGACAAGUCGUCCUACUCGAGCGUCCACGUUCAAGGUGGUGCUUACGUCACGCGCCUCGAGCAUGGCAAGACCUCAUUCAAGGUCGCCACGGUCGAGUACUCCUCCGAGGGCGAAGGCGUGACCAAGGGUGACCCAGUGCUCGAGUACCUCAAGCGUCACGGGUUGGCUCAAGAGCAGCCCAUCGUCUUUGAGAACGGUGGCUACUCGCUCACGGCCGAAAGCGGCGCGCAGUUCUUCACGCCCACGUCGAACGCCGACUACUCCUUUACUUCCGGCGACACGAACCCGAUCCACACGAACCCUUACUUUGCUGCUCUCGCGUCGUUGCCCGGCACAAUCACCCACGGCAUGCACUCGUCGGCUCGCACGCGUCGUUUCGUGGAGCAGAUCGCGGCCGAGAACAUUGGCUCGCGCGUCAAGAAGUACACCGUCGGCUUCACGGCCAUGUGCUUGCCCGACCGCCUCAUGGAGGUGCGCCUCAAGCACAUCGGCAUGACCGCCCAAGGCGAAAAGUUGAUCAAGGUUGAGACCGUCGACGUCGAGUCCUCGACCGUCGUCCUCACCGGUACCGCCGAGAUCGCACAAGCCCCUACGGCCUACGUCUUCACCGGUCAAGGUUCGCAGGAGCCCGGCAUGGGUAUGGAGCUGUAUAGCACCUCGGCAGUCGCCAAGGCCGUCUGGGACCAAGCCGAUGCACACCUGGGCGAGGUUUACGGCUUUUCGAUCCUCGAGAUCGUUCGCACCAACCCCAAGGAGAAAACAGUGCACUUUGGUGGUCUCAAGGGCCAAGCGACGCGCCAAAAGUACAUGGAGAUGACGUACACGACGACCGACGCCGAGGGCAAUGUCAAAACCUUGCCUCUCUUCGGCGACAUCGACUUGCGCACGUCUCGCUACACCUUCUCGUCACCGACCGGUCUGCUCUACGCGACGCAAUUCGCCCAGAUCGCUCUCGUCGUGACCGAAAAGGCUGCGUUCGAGGACAUGCGCGCUCGCGGUCUCGUUCAGGCCGACUGCCUUUUUGCCGGUCACUCGCUCGGUGAAUACUCGGCCCUCGCUUCGAUCGCGGACAUUCUCCCUGUUUCGGCUCUCGUCGAUGUCGUUUUCUACCGUGGUAUUACCAUGCAGCGUGCUGUCGAGCGUGACGAGCAGAAUCGCUCGUCGUACGGCAUGUGCGCCGUCAACCCUUCGAGGAUCGGCAAGUCGUUCGGUGACGCCGCUUUGCGUGAGGUUGUCGACACGAUCUCGCGCCGCGGUAGCAUCCUCAUCGAGGUCGUCAACUACAACGUCGAAGGCCAGCAAUACGUCGUCGCUGGUCACCUCGUCGCUCUGCAGGCGCUGACGAACGUGCUCAACUUCCUCAAGGUGCAGAAGAUCGAUCUGGCCAAGUUGACCGAGAUGAUGUCGAUUGACGAGGUCAAGGAGAAGCUCGGCGACAUCGUCGACGAGUGCGUCAAGUCGGCUCGCGAGUUGCAGGCCAAGAGCGGUUUCCUCGUCCUUGAGCGCGGCUUCGCCACUAUCCCGCUCCCCGGUAUCGACGUGCCGUUCCACUCGCGCUACCUCUGGGCCGGUGUCAUGCCGUUCCGCACCUACUUGUCCAAGAAGGUGAACCUCGCGCACUUCAAUGCUGACCUGCUUGUCGGUCGCUACAUCCCCAACUUGACGGCCGAGCCUUACGCCGUCACGCGCGCCUACGCCGAAAAGAUUCACAUCCAGACCUCGUCGCCUCGCCUCAGCAAGGUGCUCAAGAACUGGGACGAGGAGCACUGGGGCGAGCCGGAGAACAAGAACAAACUCGGCUACGCCAUUUUGAUCGAACUGCUCGCUUACCAGUUCGCUAGUCCUGUGCGCUGGAUCGAGACGCAGGACAUCCUCUUUAAGGACUUCAAGUUCGAGCGCCUCAUCGAGCUCGGUCCUUCGCCGACCUUGACCGGUAUGGCCACCAGGACUCAAAAGUGAGUUUACCAGGGCCGACGAGGCAGAUAGUAGUGACUAAUAGAUCGUUGUUAUACCGGGUUCUCACAGGCUCAAGUACGAGUCUUACGACUCUGCCCUUGGUAUCAAGCGCGACAUCUACUGCAUCGCCAAGCACCAGAAGGAGAUCUACUACCAGUUUGAGGAGGAGGUUGCCGAAGCUCCUGCCGAAGUGCCCGCUGCUGCUUCUGCCCCCGCCGCCGCUGCGGCCCCCGUCGCUGCGGCUCCGGCCCCUGUCGCCGCCGCCGCCUCGGCGGGCCCCGCCGCUUCUGUUCCCGAUGAACCGCUCAAGGCCGUCGACGUCUUGCGUGUCAUCAUCGCUCAAAAGCUCAAGAAGCCCGUUUCGGAGGUCCCUCUCGGCAAGUCUAUCAAGGACCUCGUCGGUGGCAAGUCGACGCUUCAGAACGAGAUUCUCGGUGAUCUCCAGGGCGAGUUUGCCUCUGCUCCCGAGAAGGGUGAGGAGAUGCCGCUCUCGGAACUUGGCGCCGCCCUUGCCCAAGGUCACUCUGGUGCCCCCGGCAAGUACACCUCCGGUCUCAUCGCUCGCAUGAUCGGGUCCAAGAUGCCCGGUGGCUUUGGUCUGUCCGCCGCGAAGGCUCACCUCGGCAAGCAAUGGGGUCUCGGCUCGGGCCGCAUCGACGGUGUCUUGCUCGUUGCGCUCACGCAAGAGCCCCCCAAGCGUCUCGGUUCGGAAGCCGAUGCCAAGGCCUUCCUCGAUGCCGCUGCACAAGCCUACGCCUCGAACGCCGGCAUCACGUUGUCAUCCGGCGGCGGCGGAGGUGGUGGUGGUGGAGCCGGUGCUGGUGCUGGCAUGAUGAUCGACUCGGAGCAGCUCGACAAGAUGCAAGCCAAGCAGAACGACUUUGUUUCGCAGCAGGUCGAGGUCUUGUUGCGCUACCUCGGCCGUGACUCGAGGACAGGUCACCGCCUCGCGGACCAACAAAAGGCCGAAGUCCAAGGCUUGCAGGACAAGCUCGACGCGAUCGCUCGCGAGCACGGCGACGACUACAUCAACGGGAUCCAGGGCGUCUUUGACCCACUCAAGGCGCGCCAUUUCAACUCGAGUUGGAACUGGGUUCGUCAAGAUGCGCUCACAAUGUGGAUGGACAUCCUCUUUGGCCGUCUCACGACCGUCGACCGAGACAUCACCGCGAGGUGCAUCGUCAUCAUGAACCGUGCCGAUCCUUCUCUCGUAAGUGGAUCCAGAUUGCACGGCAAUUUUCUACUGACAUCUUUGCCCGUGCGUGACAUCAACCAGAUCAAGUACAUGCAGUACACGAUCGACAACACCCCCGUCCACCUCGGCGAGAACUUUGUGCUUGCCAAGCAGUUCGGCCAGCAGCUCCUCGACAACUGCAAGGAGAUGAUCGGUCAGGCGCCUCUGUACCGCGACGUCACGUUCCCGACUAUGCCCAAAACGACGAUCUCCGCCAAGGGUGACAUCCUCACUGAGGAAGUCAACCGACCCGGUGUGUCGCGUCUCGAAAAGUACGUCGCCGAGAUGGCCGCCGGCAGCAAGAUUACGGUUCCCAGUGUCAACGUAAGUGUUCCUUUUGGGAACGAGUUCUGACUGUCUGUGUUCAACUCACUCACAAUCGGUCCUUGCUUUUCGAACAGCUCGACAAGGUUCAGGAUCACAUUGAAAAGAUCUACCGCUUGAUCAAAUCGCAGCCGCAAAUCUCCAAGGCGCACAUGCAGUCGAUCCGCUCGCUCUACGGCGAGGUCGUGCGUGGCCUUGGCAAGGAAGGUACCGCGCCCGCUGCCAAAGGUACGACCAAGACCCCUGCUCGCACCCGUCGCUCGUCGUCGGCGUUCCUCCGGCCCUCGGGCUUGACCGAGGCGACUUUCCUCCCCGAGGACAAGAUGCCCUUGUUGCACCUCAAGCGCAAGGUUGGCACGAACUGGCAAUACUCGUCCAAGCUCACGUCGUUGUACCUCGACAUCCUCAAGGAAAUUGCCACGAGCGGUGUCACGUUCGAGCACAAGAACGCGCUCAUGACCGGUGUCGGCAAAGGAUCGAUCGGUGUUGAGAUCGUCAAGGGUUUGCUCGCUGGUGGUGCCAAGGUCGUCGUCACGACGUCGAGAUACUCGCGUGCCACGGUAGAGUACUAUCAGGGCAUCUACCAAGAGUGCGGAUCCAAGGGCUCGUCGCUCACGGUCGUUCCCUUCAACCAAGGCUCCAAGCACGACGUCGAGGCGCUCGUCGACUUCAUCUACAACAAGGAGAAGGGUCUCGGCAUGGACCUCGACUACAUCCUCCCCUUCGCGGCUUUGCCCGAGAACGGUCGCGAGAUCGAUGGUCUCGAUGAUCGCUCCGAGCUCGCUCACCGCAUCAUGUUGACCAACCUCUUGCGCCUCCUCGGCGCCGUCAAGUCCAAGAAGGCGGCUCUGCAGCUCACGACGCGCCCGACCGAGGUCGUCCUGCCGCUCUCACCCAACCACGGUCUGUUCGGCAAGGACGGUCUCUACUCCGAGUCCAAGAUCUCGCUCGAGACCCUCUUCAAUCGUUGGUCUUCCGAGUCGUGGGGCGAGUACCUGUGCAUCGCCGGUGCCGUGAUCGGCUGGACGCGUGGUACGGGUCUUAUGAAUGCGACCAACUCGGUCGCCGAAGGCAUCGAGGCGCAAGGUGUCCGCACCUUCUCGGCCAAGGAGAUGGCGUUUAACAUCCUCGGUCUCAUGCACCCCCUCGUCUUCGACGUGGCUCAGAUCGAACCCGUCUGGGCCGACCUCAACGGUGGCAUGGACAAGUUGCCCGACCUUGCCGCGCUCACGACCGACAUCCGCACGAACCUCAACCUGACCGCGUCGACGCGCAAGGCGAUCGCCGUCGACAACUCGCUCGACUACAAGAUCACGCGCGGUAGCGACGCCGAGCAGAUCCAUCAUCAAGUCAAAGUCUUGCCUCGAGCCAACUUCUCGCUGCCCUUCCCCGAGCUCAAGCCCAUCGACGCCACGUCGGAGUUGGCCAAGCUGCGCGGUUUGAUCGACCUCGAGAAGGUCGUUGUCAUGACCGGUUUCGCCGAAGUCGGUCCUUUCGGCUCUUCGCGUACGCGUUGGGAGAUCGAGGCCCACGGCAGCCUCUCGAUCCAGGGCACGCUCGAGCUCGCGUACAUCACAGGCUUGAUCAAGCACUUUGACGGCCGUCUCAAGGAUGGCUCGCUCUACGUCGGUUGGGUCGAUGCCAAGACCUCGGAGCCGCUCGACGACAAAGACGUCAAGGCCGCUUACGAGAAGCACAUCCUCGCCCACACCGGUAUCCGUCUCAUCGAGCCCGAGCUCUUCAACGGCUACAACCCGAACAAGAAGGGUCUGACCCAGGAGAUCGAGCUCCAACACGACCUCGAACCGAUCGAGGCCUCGGACGAGGACGCGAGCCGCUUCAAGCUCGAGCACGGCGACAAGGUCGACGUCUACACCGAUGACGGCUCCAAGUUCUUCGUCAAGUUCAAGAAGGGCGCCAAGAUCGUCAUCCCCAAGGCCGUCGCGUUCGAUCGUCUCGUCGCCGGUCAGAUCCCCACGGGGUGGUCGCACAAGGCCUUCGGUAUUCCCGACGACAUUGCUGCGCAAGUCGAUCGCACCUCGCUCUGGGCGCUCGUCGCCGUUUCCGAGGCGUUGAUGAUGGCCGGUAUCACGGACCCUUACGAGAUGUACAAGUAUGUGCACCCCUCCGAGGUCGGGUCGUCGCUCGGUUCCGGCAUGGGUGGUAUGGUCUCGCUCUCCAAGAUGUUCCGAGAUCGUCGCGAGGAGAAGGACGUGCAAAAGGAUAUUUUGCAGGAAACGUACGUAUUUUGUUUUUUGUAGUGCUGCGACGUCUCGAGUUUCAAACGCUGACCAGCUAUACGAAUUUGCAUUCACAGCUUCAUCAACACGGUCGCUGGAUGGGUCAACUUGCUCUUGCUCUCGUCCUCGGGACCUAUCAAGAUCCCCGUCGGAGCUUGCGCCACUGCUCUUCAGUCCGUCGAGAUUGCCAUCGACACGAUCUUGUCCGGCAAGGCCAAGGUCAUGAUCGCCGGUGGUUUCGACGACUUCUCCGAGGAAGGCUCGUUCGAGUUCGCCAACAUGAAGGCGACGUCCAACACCUUGACCGAGUUUGCUGCCGGCCGAGAGCCGACCGAGAUGUCGCGUCCCACGACGAGCACUCGAUCCGGUUUCAGUAAGUUCUUCCGUCUGUCUGAGCGUGGUGUGCUUGAGCUGACCAUUCGUUACGCCUCCCCCACCAACAGUGGAAUCACAAGGUUGCGGUACGCAAGUCCUCAUGUCGGCCAAGACCGCCAUCGAGAUGGGUGCCACCAUCUACGGCAUCGUCGCGUUCACAUCCACUGCGACCGACAAGGCCGGCCGAUCGAUCCCUGCGCCGGGUCUCGGUGUCAUGGGUACCGCUCGCCAAGUUCACUCCAAGUACCCCUCGCAGAUCCUCGACAUCGCUUACCGCAAGCGCCAGCUAGAGUUCCGUCGCAGGCAGAUCUCGCAGUGGCUUGAGAACGAGACCGAGCUGCUCAAGAUGGAGUUCGAGGGCAAGACUCUGGACGACGAGUACGUUGCUUCGCGCCUCGCCUCGAUCGAGAGCGAAGCCAAGCGUCAAGAGUCCGAGGCCGUGUCGACCUUUGGUAUGCUUGCCGGGAGCGACCCAACCAUCUCGCCUUUGCGCCGUGCCUUGGCCGUGUGGGGCCUUACUAUCGACGACGUUGGAGUCGCUUCGUUCCACGGUACUUCGACCGCGGCGAACGACAAGAACGAGUCGAACGCCUACAAUGAGCAGUUCCGCCAUCUCGGCCGUGCCGAGGGCAACGCUUGCCCCGUCAUUGCGCAAAAGUGGCUCACCGGUGUAAGUUCAGAUCAAACCUUGUGGAGUUACCAAGGAACGAAAACUUACUGUGAUUCUCGAUUCACAACACAGCAUCCCAAGGGUGGUGCCGCUGCCUGGAUGAUGAACGGCCUCACGCAGGCGAUCCAGACCGGUCUCAUCCCUGGCAACCGCAACGCCGACAACAUCGCCGAAGAGAUGCGCAAGUUCGAGUACCUGCUCUACCCGUCCAAGUCGAUCCAGACGAUGGGCAUCAAGGCCGGUCUGCUCACCUCGUUCGGUUUCGGACAAGUCGGUGGUCAAGCUCUAUUGAUCCACCCCGCGUACCUGCUCGGCUCGGUCGAGCCCGCCGCGUUCGAUGCCUACGCCAAGUCCAACAACGUGCGCCGCCAAGCCGCGUACCGCAAGUUCAACGAGUUCUUCACCAAGGGCAACAUGGUCCAGAUCAAGGAGCACUCGCCCUUCUCGGCCGAGCUCGAGCAACCCGUCUUGCUCAACCCUCUCGCGCGUACGACGCCCGACGGCCACGGCUCGUUCGAGUUCCCCAAGCUGUUGCAGACGGAGGCUGCGUCGAACUCGGCUGAGAACGCCGCGAUCGCGAGCAAGCUCGUUGCCGCCGCGACGAAUAGCGUCCACGGUGUCGGAACGGACGUCGAGUUGAUCUCGGCGAUCAACAUCGACAACGAGGGCUUCCUCAAGCGCAACUUCACCCAAGCCGAGAUCGACUACUGCUCGUCGGCGGCCGAUCCUCGGGCGAGCUACGCCGCUCGUUGGAGCGCCAAGGAGGCGACGUUCAAGUCGAUGAAGGUCGAGUCCAAGGGUGCGGGAGCGUCCUUGAUCGACAUUGAGGUUGUGUCGUCGUCGACGGGUCCUUCGAUCGCUCUGCACGGCGAGGCGGCUCGUAUUGCCAAGGAGAAGGGCAUCAACAAGUUCGAGCUGUCGCUUUCGCAUUCGCAGGACGUCGCGAUCAGUGUCGUCAUUGCGUCGGCUUAG